AUGGCUGACCGACACUUCACAGCCUUCGUGACCGGUUGUUCCACGACGUCCAAAACUCUUCCAGAAAAUACGAUGUUGCGCCGUUCCCAACCCAACCCACCUCUAGCGGCCCCUCUUUUCGCUCUCCUCCGGCCUGCUGAAGGGAGAAGAGCCAUUGAUACGGGACUGUGCGAAUCCUGGUAUUACCCGUUACCCAGCGAGCUGGAAACUCAUCGAGCUAAGAUUUCCCAGGCAUUGCAGCGAACAACCGCCUUGUCCUCGACGACACCGUCGCACCUCAAAAGAGACCGCCGUCGCGCUCACCCCCUCUCGUGCUUAACAAUCCGCGGUGAGACAACCCCCGUCACCGACUCUACAGCCGCCAACGAUCAUGGCGCCAUGCCGUUUAUUCUCCUUGCCACAAGCGAAAGUGCUGGAGAGGAUGAUCAUGGAGGACAACAUGAAAUCCCAGUGGCUUGGUUAGCCUCCAUGGGCGAAGCGAGUCAUGUGCGUGACACGUUGCCAGCAUUGCACCAUGACCUCAUGUAUCCGUCACGCUGA